AUGUCGGACAAUUCUUCUUACUGGGUUGAGUCGGAGGACUGGCAUACAGCUGGAGAACCAUUCCGCAUCGUCCAGCACCUGCCAUCAGGCUUACUACCCGACGUUCAGACUGUUUCGGAGCGUUAUCUCCACAUCGUCAAGACCAAAGACCAUCCGCUAGAUCGGCUCCGCAUAUUCCUUAGCCACGAACCUCGAGGACACGCCGAUAUGUACGGUGGCUUUAUUACCCCGCCGAACGACUCCGGGAGUUCCUUCGGUGUCCUGUUCUGGCAUAAAGAUGGCUUUGCGACGGCCUGUGGUCAUGGAACUAUCGCCUUAGGCUAUUGGGCCGUCCACAAGGGUCUUGUUAAAGCCCCUGAGAAUGGAGUAGUGGAUGUCGUCAUUGAUGUCCCGUCAGGCCGCGUGGUGGCGUCGGUCACGAGAAAGGAUGGCAAGUCCAUACAUGCCAACUUUGUCAACGUCUCUACCUAUCAGAUAGCAAAGGGGUUAUCCGUGACAAUUCCUUCUCGCGAUUCCGAUGUCCUCGUUGACCUGGCGUUUGCUGGCGCUGUGAUAGCAUCGGUAGACACUGCUCAGCUGGGCCUCGAGGUUCAGCCAAGCAAUGUAAACGAAUUCAUCAGACUUCAACGAGAGAUCAAGGCAUCUCUUGGAGAUAGGGCAAAAUACGGCGCCAACGAGCUGUAUGCGAUGAUAUUUUUCGAACAAGAGGAAAACACCAAGGGCCCGGGGUGGAUCGUCCAGAAGAGCGUCAACAUCUACGGCGACGGGCAGGUCGACCGGUCUCCCUGUGGAUCUGGAACUUGCGGAAGGAUGGCUAUUCUCCUUUCUCAAGGUCUACUUGAAGAAAACUCGCGGCUCUUGCAUCACUCUAUCAUUGGGACAGCAUUUGAGGCCGAGGUAGUGUCCAAGGGUCAGAGUCCAGUCGAGAGGUUUCCUGCCUGCGUUGUGCGCGUGAAGGGAGAGGCGUAUCUUGUUGCGGAAACGCGGUUCUUUAUCAACGACGAAGAUCCAGUGUCUCCAGGCUUUGUAUUGCGUUAG